AUGGCGGGCAAGGAGGCGGCGACGUCACGGGCGGCCCCAGCCGCUGCCGGUGUUAGUACGGCAGGCGCUCCACCGUCACCAGCAGCAGCAGCAGCAGCAGCAGCUGCAGCUGCAGCAGGCGCGAGCGCAGUCACUCAAGGCGUCGCGGCGGCGGUGACGGCGGGGGGGGAGGGGGGGCGGCAGGCGGGGGCGGGCGGUAGUGCGCAGGGAGAAGCCGGCCAGGCGGACGCUAUGGAGGUUGACCAGCCGUCUGUUCCGGCCAUGGGCGUUGACGUGUGUCGGGCUGCGCUGGAGGCCAUGGCGGCGGGACACUUCGACGCGGACAGCGAGGCCUGCGUGACAACGCUCGCCAAGGUCAUCGACAACGUCGUUCACCGUCCUGGGGACUCUCGGACGCGGCAGAUUCGCUGCGGGAACGCGGCGUUUCAGCACAAGGUAGGCCGCAUCACCGGAGGCAUUUCGUUCCUAGAAGGCGUCGGGUUCGUGUCCCGAGAAGACGGACCGCAGCAGCAGCAGCAGCAGCAGCAGCUCUUGAGCGGUGGCGACGGCCGCGGCAGCGCGGGGGACAGGUUUCUCGUUCUCCCACCCGAGCGCGAGGACGCUGGUCUCCUGAAAGCGGCGAGGGACCUCCUGUCCAAGCAGGCGGAGGCGCUGGGGGUGCCCCGGGAGCGCAUGCCUCAGCCGCCUCGGGUUCGUACUUCUCCGCCGCCGCGUUCCGCGGGGCAGGCGUCUGCUGCUGCUGCGUUUGACCCGUACAAGCCCUUCAUGACGUCCACGGCGCCCACUCCGAAGGGCCCCCAGGAGUCAUCCCUAACGGAGAAACGCCUGCAGGAACUCCUCGCCAAGAGGGCGGCGGUGGUGUCCGGGGGGGCGCCGCAGGAUCGAAACAUUCAGUUCGAGCUGUACGUGAGCCCUCCCCGUGUCGUCCUGAAGGCGGCCUCCUCCCUGUCCGACGCCGGUCUCGUCCCGGCCGCUCUGGUCUACGUCUCCUGGAGGGAGGUUCCCCCGACAGGCGAGGCCGAAGGGGCCUACCUCAAGCGAGAGCUUGUGUCUGGCUCAACACCGGGGGCGGCGGCGGCGGCGGCGGCAUCGGCCCGCCCCGUUGGCGUAGCGCUAGAUGGCGGCGCGAAAGGCUCGGAAGAAUCGAAGACGGGGGGAGGGUCUGCUGGUGGCGGUAGCAGGCUAGGGGGCAAGACCGGAGGGGGGUCCAGCGGGGGAAAGCGGACCGGGAAGCCUAGCUGGCUGAAGAUCAACUAG